CCUUCCUUCACUCGCCUUUCUGUUUCUCCAGGCGAACCAGAUAGAGAUUCUCCGACGCAAGGCCUUCAUUGGGUGUGGGCAUCUCGAGAUUUCUGGAAAUCGACCACAACAAGAUAUUCGUUGUGGAGGAAGGAGUUUUCGACCAGAUGUUCAGCUUAACGGAUCUCUCACUCGCCGGGAACAAGAUCAGCCGUCUUCCAGGUGAUUUCUUCGGAAAUCUCGGACACCUGGAUCACCUAAACCUCUCGUUCAAUCCUUUCUUGGAACUCAAAGAAGGGAGUUUUGAUGGACUCCGAAACAUAACAUCACUGGAUCUGCGGGGAAUAAAGAUCAAGAACAUCAGCCGCCGGAUGUUCAAAGAUCUUACAUCGCUGAAUCACAUAUACUUCAGCAGAUUCCGCUACUGUGGGCUCACCCCGCACGUCCGGAACUGCGAGCCGAAGACUGACGGGUUGUCGUCGUUUGAAGACCUGCUGGCUAAUGUUGUCCUGCGCAUGAGCGUCUGGGUCAUCGCCAUAGUAACGUGCCUGGGGAACACGGCGGUCAUGAUUGGUCGAACGGUGAUGAAGCAGGAGAACAAGGUCCAUUCACUCUUCAUAAAGAACCUCUGUGCGUCUGAUUUCAUCAUGGGUGUCUACUUGCUUGUCAUCGCCACGAAGGACAUGAUGUUCCGUGGCGUGUACCACAGACACACGCACGCAUGGACAAACAGUCUGGGCUGCCAGAUCACCGGCUUCCUGGCCAUGCUGUCCGCCGAGGUCUCCGUCCUGCUGCUCACCUACAUGUCCGUGGAGAGAUUCCUCUGCGUCGUGUUUCCGUACCGCGACAACCGGCCCAACCUCCGCCAAGCUGCCGUGGCAAUCUGCCUGAUCUGGUUCUUCGGGCUGCUCCUGUCUGCGGCGCCCCUCUUCAUCCCGUACUACUUCGAUCACUUCUACGGCAGCAACGGCGUCUGCUUCCCGCUUCACCUGCACGAGCCACACAUGACGGGGUGGGAGUACAGCGCCUUCAUCUUCCUGGGAGUCAACUUCGUCUCCGUGCUGGUGAUAGGGGCUGCCUACGUGGGCAUGUUCAUAUCCAUUCAGCGCACGCGCCAGCAGAUUGCCACUCACUUGACCCUCUUCACCGACAUGUCCUUCGCCAAGCGCUUCUUCUUCAUCGUGCUGACGGACUCGCUGGUCUGGCUGCCAAUCACAAUAAUCAAGUUCAUCGCUCUUGCUGGAAUACCAAUACCAGGGACCAUGUACGCGUGGAUUGUGAUCUUCGUGCUGCCCAUCAACAGCGCCAUCAACCCCAUCCUGUACUCCCUCACCACCAGAACCUUCACCACCCUGCUGGAGAACAUCGUCAAAGGGAGUCCCCUGAGUCUGCGAUCCAAACCCGACUACGAGAAGGCCCCGGAUGCUGGGACAAUGACCGGGAACACCUACUCAACAGCCCUUUCCUCCUCCUAUCCACUCCGACCGCUGAGAAACUACCGAGGCAUGCACGUAAGUCGCUCCACUGAGUUUGAGGUGUCAGUAACGACAUCCAGUUGCCAACAGAACAGCACCAACGGUAUCGGGCGCGACCCAUCCAAUCACUCCCUGCUGGGCAUGCGGCUGCUGAAGCCCAACCUGGAUGACGUGCCGGAGCUGCCAUCUACCGUCAGUCAAGCAGAGUCCAACCCAGAUGGCAAGGACGACAUCAGCGAGUCUUCAAAUGAAGAAAACGUAACGGUUGUUCAAGAAGACGAAAAAACGAAAAUCCCAGAAGUUGUGGAGAUCCAACAUGACGUGGACAUUGCGUGCGAGCAGAUACGCUACAAUGCUGAGGAAGGCAGCGCUGCUGAGGAAGGGAACUCGGUGCCAGAGGACGAAGCUUACGCGAAUGGCGGUGCCACUCCCCAAGAUAACAACACCGCAAACACACUUGAUAUUAUUGUUACAGAAGCUGAGGUCAGUGCAGAAACAUCUGGCUACGACACUGAAAUGGAUGGGAUAGCCUGAGAUCAAAAAGAUGUUAAUCCUGUCUUUACGUUGUCGUUUGUAUCAUUGAAUUGGUGUCAGGUUCAGUGCAUUGGUGCAAUUGUGUCGAUAGUUUAUCUACCAAGAAGAGUAAGCAAAUAGAUAAUCAGUAAUCAGUGGACAAGACUAUGUAUAAUUCGUAAUUGUAACAUGUGGCCUGAGAACAGAUAAACAUUACUACUGGCAAUGGGGUUAACUGGUGAAUACGAAAAUGUUGUGCAAGAAAGUUACGUAAUGUUGGUGAAAUGAAAAUAUAUGCGUCUUUGUUAGUUCACUGGCAUGUGAAUAAUGUAAAGUGAGAAAUCUUGUGAUAAAUAGAUAACUAGAACUCCAGAAGUCUUUUACCUCCACCGAUAAUAAUUCACUAUGCAAAUGUCACCCUGAUUUGCAUAGUUUUGUCUUGACAAAACUCAUCACUGUCUACACUGCAUACUAAAUGCAAAAUGAAUUUCUUGAAAUUAAAUUUCUAGUCUUAUUUUGCAAAAAUGGUGGUGUAGUUUUAAUCUACAUCAGAAAUACCGAAUAAGGUCCCUCACACCCAAGCUAUAUGAAAUCUUUUUUUCUGGAACCAAGGAUUGAUUCGAUUCAAUUCAAUUAAAAAAAAUAUGCCCUAAAUUCCAUGCUAUGCGCCAGAUAAUGUUCUUUUGACCCAAAUUCAUACAAUUCAAUUCGAAGGAAUAGCAAACUUACCUGCUUGGAUUUGCAUAUUGAGUACUAAUUGUCAUAACUUUCAUUCCAUGAUGCAAGCAUCUACUUAAGUUAUAUACAAGUAACAAUUCGCAACAAAAUUCCGUAUUUAAUUAUUUUCAAACAAUGAUGAACAGUAAAAAAAAGCUUAGCUGCUGUUUAAAGAGCUAUUAUUAUCUCUAGAUCUUUCAUAAACCAAACCAAUAAAUCUGUGCAACCUUUGCUUAUUCAAAAUAUGCAAAUUGCCAGGUCACAUAUGUUGCAAAUACAUGUAUGUAUUUCAGGAAGCUAUCAAUAGUUGUAGCAUUUCCACAUCAAUUUUGCAAAAUUAUCACAAUUAAUAUUCAUGGUGUGCCACUCGAACCAAGUUACAUGUGUUAUGGGUAUGAAGUUCCUGUCAUUUACCUCAAUGAAAGUGUCGCGUCCUCAUUGAUUAUGCAAAUCUAGUCCAAAUCUAUCUCAUAACAUAUUUUAUUUCUUACAUUCCUUCUUUGUGCACAAGAGCUCUCUACCACUCCAAAGCCGUGACCAUAGCUGGUCAAGAAGACGAGAUAUCAAAACCGGAAGUAAAGAUAACCUCCUUGUGGGAGAUAUAAAAGAUUAACAAUGCAAAAAUAAUACACAUCUCGUAGUCGU